UCCACUGCACUUCUUCAAAUAAAACUAAAACUUAAUAGGAGAAUCGAAUUUCUUUUAGGCGUCCAUAGUUACCUUGUAUUUCAAUAAAGUGAAAACCCUAUUUUUGGAGCAUAACUGGGCUAGGCACAAUUUGAUAAUAAACGCAAAUAAUGCUCAAUUAUAAAAAUUAAGUAAUAAAUUGGCCCAACAUCGCUCAAUCAUACAUUUAAUUUGCAUACUUAACAGCUUUCGUCUGAGUUUGGUCUGAGCUGUAGCUAGACCCUCGAAUUGAAAUAUGCUAUUCACUUAUUCAAUUUAAACUAAUGUUUACAUUAUAAGUCCUUGUCUAGGUCUUUUCGCAGUGGCAUUAUGAGUAGGUAUGAGAUGCGAAACAAAUAGCUGCAAUAAUGUGUAAUCUCUUAUGUUUAUUUAACAUAAGAAGCAUGAAAUAUUUAACGUCAUAACUACACUGCGGAUUCUUGAUCGCUUACAUUAAAUUCUUAAUUUUAAUAUUGAGUAGCGAUUGGCAAGAACCGUGUUUUUACAUGACAUAUUUCAUAGAAUCCUGUUUCAAACAAAAUAUUUCACAAGUACAAAGCACGGACGACUCACGUUUAUUAGUAAUCAUUAUCUUAUCUAAGAGCGAUAAGCCUGUGCUAAAAAACACACCCGUGUUUCUAGUGUCGUACCGUAACCACAAGUUUUAUAAAAACUCCUUUGUAUUGUUGUUAUUACUUUUUAAAAUCUGUUUUUAAAAUUGCUAAGAUGAUUCAAAAGAAGCCCUUACUGUUCUACUUCGCCGCUAUUUUAGUUAUAUUAAGUACCAUCGCUCAAGAAGCAGAAGCGAGGAGAAAAAUUCUUAGAGGAAGACGUGUUAUGACAAGGACGUACUACCAUGGCAACGCUGUACCGGCUUGGGCGAUCAGUUUAAUGGCGGGAAUAGGAAUGCUGCUCGUUGGCGGAGUUCUAUACGUGGUGAUGCGUAAGAUAGUGCUCUCCUCUGAGACUGGCUCCCUCAACACAUACCAGCCGGCGUUACAAAACGAAGAUGUUUAAUUCGCUAGUUUAUC